GCUGAUGUGGAUUUUACCUCAGACUGUCUCUAAAUACAGAUUGACUUGACUUGACUUGACUAAUGAUGUGAGUACUUCAAAAUGAGGAGGACGUGCCACUCAAGAACAGAUUGGGUGGAUGUGAAGUGGACAGGAGGAGUAUUAAACCACCCAUUUCAGCAGGAUGGCAACAAUUGUGGAGUUGUUGUUGUCAAGAUUGCAGAAGUCUUGAUGCAGGCCUUCCCUUUGGUCCCGGACAUCAGCUUUCAUACAUCAAAGAGGGAAAUGCAAAGGGAGAGGGAGAUCCUGGCAAUUAAACUGCUAGAGGCAUCAGUCUUUGAAGAGCACUCUUGUUGUGCAUCAUGUGCGGCUUCUAAGCCUCCAGGAUCUGGACCGCCCAUCACUGACUGGAUCCAAUGUGACACGUGUGCCAGGUGGUUCCAUGUCCAGUGCUUGGCAAUGGCCAGCAAUACAUUUGAAAAGGCCAAAGAGAGAACGUGGGAAUGUCCGUUGUGUAUCUAG